AUGACCGAUCAAGCCGAAAGCAGCGCCGCCGCCGCCGCUUCCGCGGCCAAAUAUAAAGGGGUAAGAAAGCGCAAAUGGGGCAAAUGGGUUUCGGAAGUUCGCCUUCCCAAUAGCCGGGAGAGAAUCUGGCUUGGUUCCUACGAUUCCCCUGAAAAGGCCGCGAGAGCCUUCGAUGCCGGAAGCUUCUUACUCCGCGGAGACCGAGCCAGUCUCAAUUUCCCUGAUCGUGCUCAGGAGAUCGCCAUGUACUGCGCUCGUCGAAAUCCGACUGCUCAGCAGAUACAAACAGCUGCCGCGCGCUACGCGCAUGCGGAUUUGCCGGCACCGUCCCAGCCGUCGCAGCCGGUUUUGCAGGUGGCGGAGGAGUCGCCGCCGUCUCCAGCAACGAUGACGAGCCAAUGGGAGCUUUUGGAGCAAUUCAUGGCGCCGGCAUUUCCCCAUAUUGAUGAGUUACAUUAUGAGUUCCAUCUGGAUGAGCGAUUGGAUCAGAUGGAUGUGGAAAGCGGUUGGGAUUCUGAUCACAGUCCCAGUCUUUGGACUUUCUAAAGAGCCAAUGGGUAGAGGAAUGAUGAGUCUGUAAGUUUCUUUUUGGAGUUGACCCGCCCGGAGUUUUUUUUUUCUCCGGUUCAGCUGGAUCGGUUUUUUUUUCUCAUGGGCUUUAGUUCGUG